CGCUUUCAAUCCGGCGAAAGCGGCUCUGCUCUGCACACGAACGAAAGUCGUUACACGCAAUAAAGGUGAAGCUCAUAGAUUUGUAUUGCAAUCACAGACGGAGCGGAAUGAUUGGAAACAAUCAACCAACGAAAUUCUGUAACUUCCAGCUUCGCGAUAUUAUAUUGUUGUGUUUUCCUCAAUUCAUUCGUUCUCUUGUCGAAURUCCUCCACCCAGCCCCCCAAAAGUGAACUCAACUCUAUUUUGCAAUGGAACCAGCGUCCUCCGAGCAUCCAUCCCAUGAAGGCCAGUAUUACCAUUGCACCCAGCAACAAUUGCAUUCAAUCGAUAAGAGAUUGCUAUCAUCUAAUCUUGGAGAGAAGACCUAUCCAGUCCAAUCGUUCUCGUAUCAUCUACAGCAGCCAGURCAGAUGCAACAAUAUCCGCCGAGGGAAAAAAGUACAAGAGCUGAGAAUGACCUUGAAGACAACAAUGRCUAUGAAAAAUCAUGUUACAACCUCGGUUGCGUGGCACGCCCCGACCGAAAUCCGACYGAAGCGAUGUGUUCCAAUCCCUUCUCUGACCACUUGGACCAACGGCCAAACACUAACAACGCGGCCUACGAUGACUUGUUCGUUUCGUCGCAACUCUCAUGUCCCCUAUCGACGGCUCCCAGCAGCCAGAUAGGGAGCCAGGCUAGAAAUGCAUCCCAGACAAAUUCGAAUGUCAAAGCUAGACAUACCGCAACACGCAGAAGCACCUCAYCACCUCGGCUUGGAUACGUUUCGCCGGACCAUCCACAUUCCCGUCUUUCUUUCAGGACGUACGCGGAACCAUACCAGCCAUCGAACCCGAGGGUUGAACAGUUGAAAGCACCUAUAGAAAGAAGCAGAAGYAGGUCAAAAAAGGGAAUGGUCGGAACAUCCGAGAAUCCUCCGUUGUCGCCGUCGCCGUCGCCUCCUUUGCUGCGCAGCAACAAGAUCUACAUCAGAAUCAAACGAUCGGUGGCCCGGCCACCGACCAAGAAAGUUAAUAGACUCAACGCCGGUUCCGCGCACUCUUUUUCGAUCAAUGGUUCGCAACAAUCCUCUAAGAAGAGGAUGGUUAACGGACAASAACCUCACAGAAGAGUGGUGUUAUCAACGCAUCGAGCCAAUGAUUUGGCAGUAGCAGGGUGGCAGUAUCGGCCCAACCAACCUUCCGGCCCCCCACACCCUAWAGAUUUCUUUAUGAAGAACCAGGCCAUUUCCAACUUCGACAAGAUGUACCGGCUUGUGCUCCCCUCCCACGAUAAAAUCGUCAUGAUACGCAAUCUGCUGUCAAUGGAAUGCGGUCCGCUGUGGUGGGACCUGGAAUGGAAGCCACCAGAUUCCUUUGUGCUGUACCUCGCCGAUGUUCUGACGAGAAGAGUGAAGGAGUAUCUCCAGAGCAGCGCCCGGAAUUUGUAUUGGAUCAAGCACGUACGGUUCUGGAGACAGUUGCUCGAUCCGGAGCGUUCUUGGUGGAACAUUGGGCAGGGAUCCAUUUAUAACGAUUUUGCAAAGCGUCUCUUUUUCAACCACUUGGCUCGGUGGGGAAGCCAUAGCGACAGCAGCAACGACAUCGGCGAUUUGAUUGAAUGCCAUGACCCUCGAGACCAGUCCAUUUUUCUCCGGGCUUGCAUACUCUUCGCCAGCAGUUGCUAUAACAGCAGCGAGAGGAAGAGACACGAAAUACCAAACUAUGAUGACGAAGAUGAAUCCCUAUCGAACGACCGCCACCUUCGGCAUUAUCUGUUGCAACCGUACAUCGAUGAGUACAUGAGGAACCAUGCCUCGGUGACGWUUCAGAACCUCUAAAUAGUAGACCAGAGCACCAGCAAGAGAAACGUGUUACAACUGUGCAUUUUUCAUCAUACAAAAGAGGAGGCGAUCCAUUUUUAAWAGGUAUUGCACUGAAACUAAUAGAUAGUUCGUUACGAC